AAAUAUUAAACACAUGGAACUUUCGGGUGGCGCUCCAAAGAUCUCAUUCUUCGAGAUGGUAGCCUCAGAUUCAUUAUCAAGCUACUUUGAAGGAGGAUUCAAAUAUAUUUAUCAAGUAUUUACAAACCAUUAUGACAGGCUAGUCCCAAUAUCAUAUUAUUCAGAUGAAGCUUACUUUAUCUUUGAUAUGCUUUUGCAGUCUUAUUAUCUCCACAAGAACAGUAGUUCAUAUGCUGAGAACUUCUUUUCAUUCACAAGAUCUGCGGUUUCCUUCACCAACAAUCGACUAAAGCAGUACUCAACUAAACACAAGGUGAUAACGCUCUUCUUUGAGGUAAUUCUGCCUUAUCUAAGAUUGAAAGUUCAUAAAUGGUAUUUGUCAAAAUAAAGGAGAUGCAAACUUCCAAUAUAAAAAGUACUUGAAGAUAAUUCCUCUAACUAAUGGACUUUAUGCCUUCAUAGACUUUUUGUAUAAACUGAAGUACCUCUUACAGCAAGAUUUCAAGUUCUUCAAGCCAUAUCUCCAUUUAUGCAAUUUCCUUAUCCGACGGAAGAAUAUGUUCGAGCUCAGAACUGAGGAAGAGAAGUAUUCCAACAAAGUAGUGGGAGUUUUGAGCAAAUAUAAUGUCUUUAUCAUGUUCAUCUUCAUUAAAUACUGACAAUGGUACUUCAGCCAAGGUAACUCUGGAAGUCAGAGUAGCUCCCAAUCACAAGGAGAGGAAAUUUGAGAGCCUCCUCCAAGAGCAAAGCCUUCAAAAGGUUGCCCUCUCUGCCAAAAAUCUCCUAUAGAAAAUCCUUGAGCACUUGAGACUUCAGGAUAUGUGUUCUGUUUUGUCUGAAUUCAAGAUUACGUUGAAAAGAACCAGAGAUGUCCUAUUACUGGGACUAGAACAUUUGACUCAAACAUCAGGAAGAUUUAUAAAUAACGUCAUCUUAUCAAUAUCUAUGA